AUGGCGACUUGGGAAGAAUAUUUGAUAAAUCAAGCGAAUAUCGAUGGAAUUCAAAUGACUUGGAAUCUUUGGCCGCAUUCUCGUAUUGAUGCCCAAAGGCUUGUCGUUCCAAUUGCAACAUUCUUUACACCUCUUAAGGAAAGAUCUGAUCAUUAUCGUCAGCCGCCGCUUGAAUAUGAUCCAGUUUUAUGUCAAAAAUCAUCCUGCAAGGCUGUUCUGAAUGCAUUAUGCAUGGUCGACUACCGAAAUAAAAGUUGGAUAUGUCCCUUCUGUAACCAACGGAAUCCAUUUCCUCCUCAUUAUAACAUGAUUGCCGAAGAUAAUCGACCACCUGAAUUAUAUCCUCAGUUCACAACCAUUGAAUAUACCCUAAAACGGGCUUCGACACUGCCACCUAUUUUCUUAUUCGUUUUGGAUACAUGCAUUAGUAAUGAUGAGCUGAAAGCAUUGAAGGAGUCGAUCCAGACUGCACUCUCGUUACUUCCAGUCGAUGCUUUAGUAGGAUUAAUUACUUUUGGCCGAAUGGUAGAAUUGCAUGAACUUUCAGUUCAGGGCAUCUCUCGUGCUUAUGUUUUCAAAGGCUCAAAAGAAGUGACUCAGAAACAGCUGCGUGAUGUGCUUUCCAUGAACAUUGGAAAACCAUCUUUUUGUCCUACUUCAGUGGAUGGUGUAGGAGGGGUUGCUGGUUCACAAAUGAAAUCAACCAUUCCUAGUAAUCGAACUACUCCAAGUAAUGCUAAUGUUCAUGUAAUGGCACCAAAUCAAAUCAGCCAGCCCCAACUACCGUUUAAUAAAUUUUUGCAGCCAAUUAGCGACUGUGAGAUGUCAAUUAAUGAUCUUAUCGAAGGAAUUCAACCUGAUCGCUGGCCAGUAUCUCAAGGACAUCGUCCACUUCGUUCAACUGGAAGUGCUCUUGCUGUUGCUGUUACUCUUCUUGAGGUGUGCUUUCCCAAUACCGGUGCACGUAUAAUGACUUUUAUUGGUGGACCCUGUACUCAUGGUCCAGGGGCUGUAGUGGACGAUGAAUUGAAAAAUCCUAUUCGAUCAUGGCACUCGAUUAAAGAAGAUAAUGUUCUUUAUAUGAAAAAAGCCACGAAGUAUUAUGAUAGUCUUGCUGCCAGAGCGGUUACGAAUGGUCACGUUAUUGAUAUAUAUUCAUGUGCCCUUGAUCAGACAGGACUGCACGAAAUGCGGGCCUGCUUCAACACUACUGCAGGCAAUGUGGUGAUGGGUGAUAGCUUCAUUUCUUCUCUAUUUAAGCAGUCAUAUCAAAGAGUAUUUGAGAAAGAUAGCAGUGGUUUUCUCAAAAUGGGUUUCAAUGCAACAUUAGAAGUCAAAGUGGGAGCAGGAUUGAAAAUUGAAGGAUUAAUUGGAUGUUGUGCUAAUGGCCAAGUACGAAACGCUUUAGUUUCCGAUACAGAAAUAGGAUUAUCAGGCACUUGCCAAUGGAAAUUUUGUUCGGUGAAUCCCAGAACGACUAUCGCUGUUCUUUUUGAAGUAACAGCACAGCAUGGGUCGACAGUACCUCAGGGCGCUAGAGGAAUGAUUCAGUUCGUGACACAAUAUCAACAUCCUGAUGGUCGAAAACGUAUUCGCGUCACAACGACAUGUCGUAACUGGGCUGACAUGAACUUACAGCAGUCUAGUAUUGCAUAUGGAUUUGAUCAGGAAGCAGCUGCUGUGAUAAUGGCUAGAUUAGCUUCUUGGAGAGCAAUGAACGAAAACGAUACUCCAGAUGCAUUGCGUUGGGUUGAUCGUAGUUUGAUUCGACUUUGUCAAAAGUUUGGUGAAUAUCACAAAGAUGAUCCUCUAUCAUUCCGACUUUCCGACAAGUUUUCUUUAUUCCCACAAUUCAUGUUUCAUCUUCGCAGAUCUCAGUUCCUGCAAGUUUUCAACAAUUCACCUGAUGAAACUGCUUAUUAUCGACAUAUCUUGCUUUCUGAGAAUGUUUUGGAAAGCACGACAAUGAUCCAGCCAGUUCUUUUUUCAUAUUCGUUCAAUGGUCCUCCGGAACCGGUUUUGCUGGAUACUUCGUCGAUUUUGCCGGACAGAAUCUUGCUUAUGGAUGAUUAUUUCCAUGUUCUUAUAUUCCAUGGACAAACUAUCGCUACUUGGCGUAAAAUGAAUUAUCAAGACGACCCACAGUAUGGAGCUUUCAAACAACUUCUUGAAGCACCAAUAGCUGAUGCUGCUGGUAUUUUGCAAGAACGUUUCCCAGUGCCUCGUUAUAUUAUAACAGAACACGAAGGGUCUCAGGCGCGGUUUCUAUUGUCGAAAGUCAAUCCAUCACUUACUCACAAUAAUCCUUAUGCAAGCGAAGGUGGUGCUCCAGUGUUUACAGAUGACGUUUCUCUGCAAGUAUUUAUGGAGCAUUUAAAAAAAUUAGCAGUAUCUUCCUCAUCAUGA